AUGUCUGAAGUAGCAGCUGAAUCAAAAAAUCUUACCCCAGAACAACAGGAUAAGCUCAAAUUCGCUCUUGAUGAAGUGCAGAGAUUGGGAGAAGUUUAUCAGAGCACCAAGCCCGAGGAGAAGGCUGACCUCUCUUUCGAAUACAAGGAAACGAGAACUCAAACAGAUCAGAUCCGCGGAGAUCAGGUCGUAAAUAAUGCCGGUGGAUAUGUAUUUGAAGUGUCAGAUAAGAGCAAAAUUCUAAGAUUCUUGAUUCUUGGAACGACCGGAGGAACCUAUUACAGCACGGAGAAAGAGUUAACUAUGGAUAACAUGAUGGGAUUGAUCAAAAUCAUCGACAAUGGAGAUGCUCAUUUGAUCCUUCGUACGAUCUAUGUCGUCUCCACUUCGGGCCGUAACCCAAAGCAAGGAGCUCUCAUGAUGGCAUACGCCUUAGUUUCUCGAUAUCGAGUAGGAUUUGAAACUACAAAUACUGAGUAUCAAGAGUAUUUGAGAGCCAUGCAUAACGCUGGAUUCGCUAUGCUUAAUGCUGUUUGCCGUAUUCCUACACAUCUGUUCGCGUUCGUCAAGAAUUGCGAGCUCAUUGCUAGGGCAACUAAUGGUAAAGGAACAAACAAAUCUACAGGAUGGGGUAGACAAAUGAGAGCCUCGAUUGCUAAUUGGUAUUAUUCCCAACCACCAUCUAAACUUGCCAUGCAAGUCACUAAAUAUAAAAAGAGGGAAGGAUAUACUCACAGAGAUUUAUUCCGUCUUUCUCACCCUAUCUCUUCGAAACAUAAGUGUAGAGAAGGAGAACGUUUGGAAGUCGAGCAGAUCUAUCAUUAUAUUGUGAAAGAUAGUCUUCGUCCAAGAAAAAGAAGUCUCAACCCACAAGAGUUUGAAGCUGAAGAGCCUUUGAGCAAGUAUUCUGUUCUAGAUUUGGACCAAGAGAAGGACAGCAAAUGCUUGGAUAUGAUCCAGACCUACAUCAAUCUCAACAGCGAGACCAGCGUUCCAGAAGUUGUACAUGCUAUCAAAACACACAAUCUCGUGAGAGAACACAUUCCAACUGAACAUUUGAAUGACCAAAGUGUCUGGCAUGCUCUUUUAGACAAAAUGCCCAUGACCGCUCUAAUCAGAAACCUUGGAAAACUGGCUUCGAUUAGUGCUCUAGACGAAGAACAUGUUGGAAAGGUGGUAAGCAUGCUGACUGAUGAGAGUCAGCUUAAAGCUGCUCGUAUUCAUCCAUUGAAUAUAAUCCUGGCUAAGUCUGUAUACUCUAGCGGUCGAGGAGACAAAGGAUCUUUGACUUGGGAGCCUAACCCACUGGUUGAGAACGCAUUGGAAGAUGCUUUCUACAAGGCCUUCAUAAAUGCUCCCCCAACUAAUAAAAGAAUAUGCUUCGCUUUCGAUAUUUCGGGUAGUAUGACAAGUCAAAUCUCAGGAACGAAGUUGUCAUGUCGUGCAGCUAGUGCAGCUUUGUCGCUGGUCAGCUUGAAAAAUGAGAAGCAGGUUGAAUGUGUUGGUUUCUGCCAUACUUUGGAGGAGUUGCCAUAUAGAGGAGAUUGGAAGAUAGAUCAGAUUUGUAACCACAUGGAUACCCUUCAGAUGGGUUCGACCGACUGCGCUCAACCAAUGCUUUGGGCUGCUGAAAAUAACAAAAAGUUUGAUGUCUUCAUCGUGUAUACCGACUGCGAGACUUAUUACGGAACGGUUCAUCCAUACGAAGCUCUUCGUAAAUACAGAGAAGCUUCCGGGAUAACUGAUGCCCGACUAAUAGUAAUGGGAAUGACCGCCACAAGCUUCACGAUCGCCGAUCCAUCAGAUGCAGGCAUGUUGGAUAUCGUCGGAUUUGAUUCGGCCGUACCUCAAUUGAUUCAUGAGUUCGUCUGCGGAGAACUAUAA